AUGGUUCUCGCGGCCGUGGGGCAGCUAUGCUCGAAUGCUAGCAUAACUUCUAAUCUUGCCCAAUGCCAGGAACUGGUUCGAAAGGCUGCUGCUACAGGUGCUAAGGUACUGUUUCUUCCCGAGGCCUCAGACUAUAUUGCAUCUUCAGCAGAGCAAUCGUACGCUCUUGCCCACUCCCAAGAAAGAAAUAGCUUUGUUACAACUCUGCAGCAGGACGCAGCUCGGGAGAAAAUACAUAUCAACGUGGGGAUCCAUGAAGUGGCCUCUGAAAGCAGGCUUAAGAAUUUAUCGAUAUGGAUCAAUGACCAAGGAGUCAUUACCCAAAGCUAUCAGAAAGUCCAUUUAUUUGAUGUUGAUAUCAAAGAUGGACCUGUUCUGAAGGAAAGCGCGAGCGUCCAGCCGGGGCAACAGAUUCCAAGGCCAUUUGACACGCCCAUAGGGCGUGUUGGGUUGAGUAUCUGCUUCGAUUUGCGCUUCCCAGAGAUCAGUCUAGCCUUGAGGCGACAGAAUGCCGAAAUUAUCACAUACCCGUCAGCUUUCACUGUGCCGACAGGCAAAGCCCAUUGGGAGUCGUUGCUCCGAGCGAGAGCUAUCGAGACCCAGUCAUAUGUGAUCGCAGCGGCCCAGGCAGGCCCCCACAAUGAGAAACGACGAAGCUAUGGCCAUUCAGUCAUCAUCGAUCCCUGGGGUGAUAUUGUAGCAAGUCUGGGAGACGAAUACGUGACGCCCCAAAUCGCGACUGCCGAAAUUGAUCUUGACCUUGUGGCAAAAAUUCGGCGUGAGAUGCCACUGCUUCGGAGGAAUGAUCUUUAUCCAGAGAUUUGA